ACCGCCCCCCGCCCCGUCCCGCCCCUUUGCCGCUGUCACUCAGCCGCCGCAGAGCCGACAACGCGAAAAUGGCUGUGCCCCCUGCUUAUGCUGACCUAGGAAAAGCUGCCAGAGAUGUGUUUACCAAGGGUUAUGGGUUCGGCUUAAUAAAACUGGAUUUAAAAACAAAAUCAGAGAAUGGACUGGAAUUCACAAGCUCAGGUUCUGCAAAUUCGGAGACGAGCAAAGUUUCGGGCAGUUUGGAAACAAAAUAUAAAUGGGCCGAGUACGGUUUGACAUUUACAGAAAAAUGGAACACAGAUAACACCCUCGGGACUGAGAUCACCGUUGAAGACCAGCUUGCCCACGGACUGAAGCUGACCUUUGAUUCAUCCUUCUCUCCUAACACUGGGAAAAAGAAUGCCAAGGUUAAGUCCGGAUAUAAACGGGAAACACAUCAACCUGGGUGCGACAUGGAUUUUGACAUUGCCGGCCCAUCAAUACGUGGCGCCCUGGUGUUUGGCUAUGGUUGGUUGGCUGGCUACCAAAUGAAUUUUAGGACCACCAAGUCCCGGAGUUUACCCAGGAGCAAUUUUGCUGUUGGCUAUAAGACUGAUGAGUUCCAACUCCACACUAAUGUGAAUGACGGCACAGAGUUCGGAGGCUCCAUCUAUCAGAAGGUGAAUAAGAACCUGGAGACGGCUGUCAACCUGGCGUGGACUGCCGGGAACAGCAACACCCGCUUCGGGAUCGCGGCCAAAUAUCAGCUGGACCCCGAUGCUUCCUUCUCGGUGAGUGGAUCUGGGCCCAUCAUGGUGGGAUACACUCAGACUCUAAAGCCAGGCAUCAAGCUGACGUUGUCCGCUCUGCUGGACGGCAAGAAUGUGAAUGCCGGGGGCCACAAGCUCGGUCUAGGACUGGAAUUUCAAGCCUAAGCAGCAUUGUACGAUCCCCCAAUUUUAAACUAUUUUGCAGCAUAGCUACCUUCAGAAUCUAGUGUACCUUUCAAUGUCUUAUGUCUGGGAUGCGAGUAUUGCUAUGUAUCGAUCAUGUUCAACUUCCAGGUUAAAGAUGGCUUGGCUUUAAAGUGUUACCACCCUUCAAGAGGUAGAGAGGGAAGAGAAUGCCGCUGCCCCUCACAGGCGAUAGUUGCCAGAAUUAUGUAGAGAGGAAGGAGGUGUGGGUCAUGGGGUGUUUUGUUUUUGGGUUUUUUUGUAUUUUUUUGAUAAAUGUGGCACAGAAAUCACAACUUCCUGAGAAUCACUGCCCUUUCGGAAGAAACCUAAUAGCCGGGCUUUGAUCCAGGCCCUCACCAAAGUGUCCCUAAAGGAUACUCACCCCGGACACAGUCGCACUGUCUAAUCCUAACAAGAGCCAAGUCCCGAUCUGUGGAAGAGGGUGAACUCUUGUGUCUGUUAACUUUGUGGUGAAACCCUCAUGACCCGUUUCCACUGUGUUGUUACCUCUGUGACACCUGCCGCCAUUCACAGCCGGCAAGGUCUGGGGUUCCCCGUUCUGAUGUGGGUGUGGAGGUUCAUUGCGACUGAACCAGUGUUACAGCACCGAAUUCCCGUAUCGUGCCGUGGUCCCUUUCUCUGACGCCAAAUUCCGAGAAGCUUCUGAGGCAGGGUCAGAAGCUGGGAGAAGUCUGUGUCACUGGAAUCUCAUAGUGGCAGAUCACAUAGAGUUUCGGUUGGGUUUUCUGUUGUGCUCCCACACGAUCUCUCUUUUUUUUUUUUUAGCAAAUGAAUUUGGUACAUUUUAGAGUCUUCCAUUUUGUGUGGAAUUAGCCCCCGAGAUGCUGUACUUAACAUCACUUAAAAAAAUAAAACUUGAAUAAACUAUCGAAUUCACCAUUCA